AUGAAAUUUUUCGUUUUAUUUUUCGUGUCGAUCGUGCGUGCGCAACUUUUCAACAGCAAAUGCUUCUACACGGAACCCAUUUGUCCGAAUCCCGAUGUCCAUUUUUGGCUUUACACGCAAAAAACGCAGGAUAAUCCGCGCGAAAUUCACAGUGACAAACCCGAAACGGAACAUUUCAUCCGGGGACGUCCUUUAAUCGUGCUAAUUCAUGGCUACACGGGUCAUCGCGACUUUUCUCCCAACACGGAAAUUCGUCCUGCGUACUUUGAACACGGGGAAUAUAACAUAAUUACCGUGGAUUAUCAAAAACUCGCACCAGAACCGUGUUACAUAUCGGGCGUGAAGAACUUGAGGACUGUGGCGAACUGCACCGCGCAACUUUUGGACAACCUAAUGACCUCGAAAACGUUCGGCGUGGAGGAUAUUCACGUCAUUGGCUUCAGUCUCGGGGGGCAAACUGCCGGAAUGAUCGCUACUUACAUCAAAAAUGGGCCUCUUUAUCGCAUAACGGGGCUGGAUCCCGCGAAACCCUUGUUCAUCUUCGCCCCCAAGGAGUACAAACUGGAUAUAAAUGACGCCCAGUUUGUCGAUGUCAUCCACACAGACGUCUUCCAGCGCGGAAUUCUCGCUCCCAGUGGUCAUAUCGACUUUUACGUGAACGGCGGCGUCGAGCAACGUGGAUGCCAAGUCCAAAAAGCGAUGGAUCCGGGAUCGUGUAAUCAUGCCAGAGCUCCCGAAUACUACGCAGAGUCGAUAAAUACCAAAAUUGGGUUUUGGGGAUUCCGAUGCGCCCAUUGGUAUUUGUAUGCGUUGGGCAUGUGUCGCGAAGAGGAGACCGAUGCAGUGGCGUUGAUGGGCAUGCACGUGAAUCGGAGUUCUCGUGGUUUGUAUUUCCUCGCGACAAAUUCCGAGUCACCGUAUGCGAGAGGCAGCAAUUUUACGACCAACAUGCAUUUCGUGGAUGCCGAGCCAGAUCAUUCUGUCGAAGGUUUAGCUGGAAAUUUGCCGGAGGAGAUCCCGAAAGCUGAGCAAAAUGGCAUUUUUUAG